AUGGAAGCAUUUGAGCGCGUAAGUGGAUUUCCAAAUGUGAUAGGAGCCAUCGAUGGCACACAUGUAGAGAUACGAUCUCCUCAAGGUGAUGAUCAUCAAGCUUAUAUAAAUAGAAAAGGAUAUCCAUCAAUCCAUGUACAGGUUGUGUGUACACAAAACUUAUUAUUUACAAACAUUUUUGCUGGAAACGCUGGAUCUGUGCACGACGCUCGAGUUUUCAGAACUUCCCUAGUAGCUCGAUAUUUUGAGAAUUCAGAAAUUUACUUUCCUAAUGACAGUCAUCUUGUUGGUGAUGCUGCCUACGGUAUCCAUCCAAAUAUGAUGGUACCAUUUAAAAACAAUGGUCAUUUGAGUCAUAGGCAGAAGAACUUUAAUUUUUGUCAAUCUUCAGCACGAAUUCAUAUUGAAAGACUCUUUGGUACCUGGAAAGGACGCUGGAGGAGUAUUUUGGAUUGCUUGCCUAUGAUUACUUUAAAGAAAAUACCGGAAUACUUAGUAGCAACUGCAGUCUUGCAUAAUAUUUGUAUUUUGAAUAAGGAUUUAGUUGAUGUCAACGUGGUGGUAAAUCAACACAUCCAGCGUAAUACUUUAACAUCAAGUAAAGUAGAUGAGGGCAAUAGAAAACGACAAAGGAUAAUGAACAAUUUAAUUAUGAGGCUUGUUUAA